ACCAGCUUAAUAAUGUGGAAAAUAGUAAUGAGAACUAUGACCUGGUUGCCCCAGGAACACAAAUCAGUGAGCGUCAAGAUGAAUAUGAAGGUGAAAAAGACCUUCAUCCAGAAUUCAAUGAAACCUAUGACCUAUCUGGUGAUCUUGGAAUUCCUUCAGCUGCAUCUAAUGCUGAGCAGCUGAUAUUGCAUAAAGAACAGGAUGAUGUUUACAGAGGAAUGGUUAAAAAAUUAAAUAGAAAACAAAAAUAA